CCCUAUAAAAUUACUUCCAAACCUGUGACCGACACAAACACAUCACAAACAGAGCAUCCAUCACCGGGCGGGCAAGCCAACUGAUUUGAACCGACAGCAGUCUCAGAAGAACAGAGAGCAAAGAUACAUGGCGGACAUUGCAAUGCUUGUGGCGGAGGAGUACGAGAGGAGGAUCAAGAUCAACAGCAGCUGCUGCUCCGUCAACAAGACCCAUCAGGAUCAAGCUCAUCAACACGGAGGAGGAGGGCUCAAGCUCAUCAACAUGGGCUUGGUUUCGAGAUACGUGUCCGAUCUGGGGGAGAUGAAGCAGAGGCUGGAGGGUGUCGGCAAGUGGGUGUUGGCACUGCAGGAGCCCAGGUCCCCAUUUGGGAUUGCUGCCUCUCAUGGGUUCUUCUCUGCUUGAAACCUCCUCCUCCUUGUUUUUGACUGCGUUGUUUAACUUAAUUGAUGUUGUAAAUAUUGUCAUCAUCUGCUAAUGUGGGAAGUAGAGGAGGGGCGGUGCUCUCAAUGUUCAAUUUUUUUUUUUUGCAUCCAUAUAUAUAUAUAUUCAAGAAAUGGAAAAGUUGAGAUCAUGUCAUGGCAAGUAACUAUUGGCCCGUUUUUC